AUGACAACAUGCAAAAAGACUGCAAUUUCAUUGAUAAAAGUGGCAGCUAAUCAUAUUCCCUUCUUUAAAAACUAUCAAGAUGUGGUUCCAGAAAAUGUUUGGAAUGAAUUAACGCCUGCUGGGUUAAACCAAAAGAAUCAUGUAAUUCCCUUGCCUGUACUACACAGAAAUGAACAGAAAUAUGAUGAAGUUGUAGAUAUUCUGGACUUUUAUGAGGAUUUCCUCACAGAAUGCUACAAUUCAGCUGGUGUGGAUAGAGGUACCAUAAAAACACAUAUUGGUGGCGAUCCAUUGACCAGAGAAAGGUUUUCUGGUGCAAAACGACUACGAGCAGGUGGACUAAGUGCUAAGGAAUGUUUUGAGCGCCUGUCUCCAAUUACUUUUGAAAUGUUUCAUCUGCUAAUGAACUAUGUGAAGUUGAUUUUUAAACAAGUCUACAAUGUAAAUAGUACAGGUGAACUUGGGACAAUGAAGUGUGAAGCAACACGAAUAUUUAGAACCUCAGUAAAUGAGAAUGUGAAUGAAAACUAUGAUGCAGAUAAAGACUUUAUAGUUUCAUACGUUGAUGCCUACAUUGUAGAAGCAGUUAUGGAUUAUUUUGGAAUGGAUGACCCACUAAGCUCACCAGCUAGACAUUGCCCUCUCUCUCAGACACAAACCAAAGCUGAAAAACAGUCCUGGGUCAUGAUGGAAUUCUGUGAAAUUGUCAAAAAUUAUGUGUGGGCUAAAGACGAAAAAAAUCUCUAUUCCAAGAGUCUGGAGUUGAAUGUGAUGGAACUGUUGUUGAGGUACAACUAGGAAAUGGAAGGAAAGUUAACCUAUUUCUGAAGAAGAAGACAUCUGAGCCAAAGUUACCCGAUUAUGUCAAACAGUACAGCCAUCUUGUUCUUGAACUAGGAUUGCAGUUUAAAACUUUAAUAAGUUUAUGCCAUAGUCGAAACGGAAACAGAGGAUGAGCAUUGCUUAAAACAACCAUGUUACAUUUUAAGGCAAACAAUGAAUGCUCAAAAUAUGCAUAUGAAAUAGCCCGUCUUCUAGUUCACCAGUUCUGUAUAUUAUCUGAAAAGGAAGCCUGUGAAGAGUUUUUUGGAAUGUUUGUCAAUACUACAGGAAAAGAAAAUGCACACAUUCCAUGUGAUUUGAAAAUGAAGCACAUAGUGAAAGACAUAAAGUCCAAUAUCAAGCACAUGUUUUCAAACAAAACAGUCCAAAAUAUAACUACAAGAAGCAGUGCAUUGCCUGUUAUUAAAGCAGUCUCAGAGGCAUUUGAUGACGUUACCGGUGUGAUCAUCAGGUCAAAGAGACAUACUAGAACUUCCUCUCUGCAUGAUGAAGCAGAAAUUAUAAAGGAUAUUCAUCAAAUUCAACCAUUUGUUUACAAAGCAGGACGAAAACACUUAUCAUUUCCAAAUGUACCAAAGCAAAUGACUUGUGACUUGGAUGAGAAAAAGUACCAUACUUGGAUUGAAACACAAAAGUAUAAGUAUGCAACUGAUCUCGGGAAUUAAAUAGUUAUCAGUUAUGUAUGCAAAAGCAAUAUACUCUUGAAGAACAAAUACAUGUUAAAAGAUGUGUCCUAAUCAGCAAUUGCAUAAACGGACAUAAAACAUCAAAUGAACAGUGUCCUUGUGAAAAUGGGUCUGAUGCCAUAAAUAGUGCAUCUUCAGACCAAUCUGCAAAUUUAACACUCUGAUCAGGGGAUAUCAUGUCCGGUAAUAAGACCACAAUACUUGACGUGUUGUUUCAGCGGACAAGUAGCUUCUGACUACUCUGGUUGCACAUGGUGUAAGACCUAUUUCCCCAUGACACGGCUCAUACUCUUUGUCAUUUUAGAGAGAAGUCAUGCUUGUGCAUAGUGAAUGAAAAUGGGUGGAAAAGUCACAUAAAAUCACUUGGGUGUGUAAACUAAACUUACUGUUAGUGUGUGCAUGCAUAAACACGUGUUAUUGAUACAUGUUUGAAAUAUAGCAUUUUAGGGCAUUGCCUAUAUCUUGUUUUGUAAUAUGUUUGUCAUUAAUACCAAAGUAUUGUUUUUUCUUGAACUUAAAAAAGAGGGAGAGAUGAGGUUGAAUAUCUGAAUUUGUAAUGUACAUUGAAUUUACCAACCAGUUAUACAAGCAAUAGUUUUUACAUUGUAAAUCCAAUAUCCAAUGUCAGUAAACUGCUUAACUAAAUA